AACAUCAACAAAUUGUGUGAUAUUUCCAAUUAUUGUUUUUGUUUUAUUGUUUCUCUCGUGCGUUUAUUUCUAGUUAAUUAUAAUAUUUAUUCCUUUAAAACAAAAAGAAAACGAAAACAAUAGUGCAACUCUACUGGCAACGAUUUGCUCUCUCCUUGUGGCAAAUUAUGAAAAAACCAAAUAUUAUUCCAAUAACAACCAAUUGCACUUGAUUUAUGUUCGUAUAGCCGCCUGCAAGUUUAGUGCGCACCACGCGAGGCAAGCAAAGAAAAACAAAAGAAAUUAAAGCAUAACUAAACAAAACAAAAACAAAAAAAAACAAAAAAACAGCAAGUUCAAUUAGUUUAAUAUACACAAAUAUAUAUAGAGAAGGUAUAUGCGUAUAUGCGUGUUUUCUUAUGCUUCAGUUUAUGAAUUUAUGUUGUUCAAUUAAACAAUAAUUAUAAAUACUCAGCAAGCAAUAUAAAACACAACAAUCAACCACAACAUACAACACAUACCACAAACCACACACCACGGUAACAAAUGCAAAAAUGUCGCCGCCAAACGAAUCGAACAUGCAACAACAGAAUACAACAUUCCCAGUACCACCACCAACAACAACAACAACAACAACAGCAACAACCAUAUCCAUUCCUACACUAACAUCCAUAAACACAACCAAUGCGAGUUCCCCCCUCCCAACACCAACACCACCACUAUCCACUAACCCGACGACAGUCACAACCGCGAGCACAGCAACAACUGCUCAGGAUGCAAUCGACAUACCAAACCAGAUGAAGUUGCGAACAAAUACCAACAACAACAACAACAGCUCACUCUCUCCGCUCAAUGUGCGACGUCUGCCAUCCGAUCUGAGAAGCGUAGAUUCUUCAAAAACUUCAACAUCCUACACGAGCAACAAUGGGGUGCCUCAUGGACAAUAUCGUAAUACACUACCACCAUCAACACAAACACCAACACCAACAACUAUCAAUAUCAGCAACUACAACAACAACAAUAAUAGUAAUACAAAUAACAAGAAUAGCAACACGACAAUAACACCCUCAUACCAACAACAAGUGUCCACCUUGACAACAACAACACCAUUAGAUGAUGUUGCUUCUUCGGAUGAUAAAUACAAAUUGUUUACUAUUUACGACGGAAACGACCCCGACAAUGAGAAAUUGUCCGGCCAACCAUAUUCGACAACUGGUUCACUAAGCUCAAUCAUCACGACGUCCAUAGCAUCCUCAGAACCGGAUCCUGGUGCGGCGGGCGGUGGUGGUGGAGGUGGCAGCGGUGGCCCUGGUGGCCUGCAAACGGAUGCCUCAAGCAUUGCUGGCAUCAAUGGGAGCUCCGAAGAGAAAUUGGCAUUGAAUCGGCCGGGCAUCAAACAGGAGAAAUGGUCCACGAUACUCAUACAAGUCUCUAUACCCUUUCUGCUCGCUGGCAUUGGAACCAUUGGCGCUGGUAUUGUGCUGGGCCGUGUCGAGAAAUGGUACGUGUUCCAAAGCGUAAGCGAGCUCUUCAUUCUGGUGCCGGCGCUGUUGGGUCUGAAAGGCAAUCUGGACAUGUGCCUCGCCUCGCGCCUCUCUACGCAAGUCAAUUUGGGUAACAUGACGUCGAGGAAGGAGGUGACACGCAUGAUUGUGGGAAACAUAGCGCUGGUGCAAGUGCAGGCCACUGUGGCCUCCUUUCUGGUGGCCAUGUUUGCAGUAUCUGUGGGCGCAGCAAUGAACGGUUCCUUCUAUUUCGACCAUAUGAUGCUGUUGACGGCCUCGGCGAUGUUUACGGCCACCUCGUCCUGCUUUGUGCUCGACUUUGUUCUCGUAGCAGUAAUUUUAUUCUCAGCCAAAUAUCGCCUGAAUCCGGAUAACCUGGCCACACCAUUGGCUGCCUCUAUUGGCGAUGUUGUUUCUAUCAGUCUGCUGUCCUUUAUUGCCUCGCUGCUCUACGAACAUAUAAAGACUCAUCUAUGGAUCACGUUCAUUGUGGUUGCCUGCUAUCUGGUCCUGUUACCCAUGUGGGUCUUCAUCGUGCUGAGGAACUCGUACACUCGACCUGUGCUCAAGAGCGGCUGGGUGCCUGUGCUCUCCGCGCUCUGCAUUAGCGGGCUCGGAGGUCUUGUGCUCGAUGCGGCCGUUGAAGUCUUCAAUGGUUUUGUGGUCUUUCAGCCGAUCAUCAAUGGGAUUGGCGGCAAUCUGGUGUCAGUGCAGGCCAGCAAGAUAUCUACAAUGUUGCAUCAGAGCUCGAUUAUUGGCAUUAUACCGCCGCACACAAAGAUCUUUGAGUGGCCGUGGCGUGCGCUCUUCUCUGGCGUGCCAUAUGCGAAGACGGCUCGCAUUUUGAUUGCCAUGUCUAUACCUGGCAAUGUUAUAUUUAUCUUUGCGGCCGACUAUAUACACAUGUCCACAUCGACGGUGACGGUGGCAUUUAUGAUGUCCUUCCUAAUUGCCAGUUUGAUACAGGUAAUGAUUCUGCUGUAUAUAGCGCAUAUAAUCGUGCAUGCCAUGUGGAAGUGGAAGAUCGAUCCGGACAACUCAUCGAUACCCUAUCUUACCGCACUGGGUGAUCUGCUGGGCUCUAGUUUGCUAGCUUUGGCAUUCCUAUUUUUAUUGUCCAUUAACCAGGAGUACGGCGGUGGCAUGGAUACCUUAAAUGCGCCAAAUUAAGAGGCAUAGAAGAGCGAUAAAGUUGCAGUUGAAGCUGAAGCUGGAGUUGAAACGUAACAAAGACAGGGAGCAUGACUCACUAUGGCACUCGAAGCCUGUACUAUAUAUAUAUAUAUAUAGACACUAUAUAUAUUAUUAUUUAAAUUGUAAUGUAGACUUUAGUUAGGCACGCUCUUUGUCUGCUUGACUUGUUGUUGUGGUUUUGGGGCGGCGGAGUCGUCGUUUUCGACAAUGCCACUUUCAUAGUUAGCACGCAAUUUAGGAGAACUUUACGAAACAUAAAACUUGAUAAAGCAGUUGAAAUGCAAUAUUAAAGAACUGUCAUGUACCUAAAAUUCAAGCAAACACUCUUAUAAAAGAGGAAACUAAAAUUGUCACCCACACACACAAAACACUAUUCAACAUCUUUACGAAACAGAAUUGUUACCAACAAUAUAUAUAUAUAUAUAAAUGUAUACUGUUCUUUUCAAAAUCUUUCGAAAGUUAAUGCUUCUAUUUCUGCAAAAAACAAAAAAAAAACGAAAACAAAAAAGCAAUAACAUACUUUAAAAUUUUUGGUUCGAAUUCUCAGAUGGCUUUUUGCCAAUUCCUUUGCUAUGUUCAUUACCAAAAGAAAACAAAAAACAAAAACGAAACCACUAAACCAAACCAUUCUAUGAACUUUGAAAACUGAAAGUGGCCUAAAAAUGGCGCUCAAGGGAAUGAAGCAUGCAGAGCAAGACAAGUAAUAUUUUUUAAGGCUUUUAGGACAAUACUAUUAUUAUACACAUACCACGUAUACACAAUUUGAAUAGAAUUGCGUUAAACAGACAAAGCUAUGUGCGUGAAAAUAAUUCGAAAACAAUUCAAGUGCAUUUUCUUUCUGUUCAUUGUUUAAAUAAUACAAAUAUUGUUUGAUUUGUAAGCAGCCAAAUAUUGUAUAGAAUUAUUACACACAUUUAAUUCUCACACAUUGUGCAUAUUUUAAUUAAUUUGUAGUAUUAGC